AUGUCCAUCCGAGCGAGCACCUCUCGCCUCAGUCUCGAAGACUGGGACCAAUCCUGUCCGCUCCGCACAUCCGAAGCGGCGUUGAUCUCUCGCGUCCAGCACGCUUCCUCGAGCAAGCCGAUCCCUGCGCAGGUGAGCGUGGGCGGUGUACCCCGUCCCCGCACGAGCCUGAGCCUGAGCCUGAGCCUGAGCCUGAGCCUGAGCCUGAGCCUGACCGCGCCUCUGUCUGGCACUCUUGUCCCAGCUACUCUCGCAAGCGCGGUCGGGUCGGCUCAAUCCGAACACGAAUCGGUCCAGGCCGACGACGCCUUCCAUCCUGAGGAGCGCCGCUUCCCACGUCAGCCUCACUGCAUCACCCGUGCUGAACCGAUCUUCCUCGCCUUCGACCCCACCCCGCCCUUUGCACACCGAGCCCACCACCCCACAACAGCGAGCCCAGCGAGCCGAGCAGGAACCGACCUGGGCGCCGAUCACGACCACCCAACAAUUCCACGACUGGUUCGCGCUCGUCGAACGCUCGCUCGAGAUCGAACAAGAGCAAGUCUACGUCAACCACCUCGAAACUCUCUCCCACCACCUCGCCGCGUGUGAGCAUGUUUUGGAGAACUUGGACGACGCGAGGGGUCUGUUGAGUGAGAUCGAAGCCAACUAUCGGUUCGUCGAGGACAAUUCGAGGGCGUUGCAGUUGGCGUGCGAGACCAUGUUGGAUGAGCAGGUACGUCGCAAAGAUCUGCUCGUGUCUUGCUCCUCUGACCACUCUGCUCUUUCGUGCACGUCCACGUCCACGUCCACGUCCACGCAGAAACAUCUGAUCCAAGUCACCGAAGCGCUUUCGGCUCGGCUCGAAUACUUUCGGCAACUCGAAACGGCGACGCGCAUGUUGAACCUCCCCGGAGAGGACCUCGUCCUGCAGGAAGAGUUCCUCAACGUACUCGACCGCUUGGACCUGUGUUUGGAUUACCUAAAGGCCAAUGUACCUUGCUCCGUCUCAGAACCCGCCGCCCCUCGGACCACCCUGGCUAACCCCCAACAUUCUUCCCCCCCUCUCUCUCUCUCUCUCUCUCUCCAGCGCGACUUUAAAGACGCCGAAAUCUACCUCAUCCGCUUCCAACAAUGCCUCACCCGUUCCAUGACCCUCAUCAAAAUGUACUUUGUCUCGACCAUAAAGCGACUCACCACCGAAGUCCUCGACAAGAUGACCAUCAACGACCUCUCCGAAACCGCUUCCCACGCCCUCCUCUACACCAAAUUCUCCACCACCGCAGAAACGUUGAGGAUCCUGACCUACGAGUUGGAAAAGAGGGCGAGCGUCGAUCGGAACGAGUACGGGAGUUUGUUGGGCGAGUGUUAUACGGUUUGGUUCGCGAGUCGGGGACAGUUGUUGAGCGCCGAAUUGCAGGAAGAGGUCAGGAGGAUGGAUCCGGUAACGAGUGAUUUGAUCAAGUUGGUGCGUCGGCGACUCGGACCCCCCAUUUCCGGACUUUGACUGAUCAUUCUCCCCUUCACUCCCCUCACAGGCCAAAGCAGGCUGUAAUCACCUCCGUUCGGUCUGCAUGGCCGAAUGGGACCUCUACAAACAACUCUUCGCGACCGGCGAAGUCGAAGCCUAUCGAUUCCUCGAAUCCUUAUGCGAUUAUUUGUACGACUCGUUGAGGCCCCGGAUCUUGCACGAACCCAAGUUGGAAACGUUGUGCGAGUUGUGUACGAUCCUCGGCGCGAUGGGUGGGUUGGAUGCGGAAAUGGGGGAAGAUGAAGAGGACGAUGAGGUCGGGGGCAGAGGUUUGGAGCAAGGGGAUACGUCGCUUGAGCUUCGCUGGGGGAACCAGACCGCUUCGGCCGCGACUUUCGUCUCCCCGAACUCGACGACGAUAACACCAUUGGGUCGUCUCAAAUUCUCCAAACUCCUUCAAACGAUCCAACAAGACGCUCAAACACGUCUCGUCUUCCGAGCCCAAGCCGUCAUUCAAUCCGAAGUACUGCACUACACACCAACAUUAGAAGACCUCGAUUACCCUGCCAAACUACUUGAUUCGGAAGGGAGAACGAAGGACUUGGCGUUGUGGACGGAGGAUGAGAGGAAGAGGGAGACGGAGGGCGGUGGAGGCGCUUUUAGGGUCCCGAGGGAGGAGGUGCAGGGGGAUUGGUACCCGACCUUGAAGAGGACGGUUUGGGUGUUGAGUAAAUUGAAUACUUAUGUUAACGUGAGUCCGGAGGGGUGGAUGGGGUGGGAAGUUGAGACGGGCUGUAUCCAAGCUGAUCUUCGUUUGCGUUUCUGCGUCGAACAGAAUGCCAUCUUCGAAGACUUUGCUGGAGAAGCCGUCACAUUGUGUCGCCAGUCCCUCUCGACCGCCGCAGCUCAAAUUCGGUCCCGACCCUUGCCCAUCAAAUCCGCCGUACCGUCCGAAGAACCCACCACGACCUCAACCAAUUUGAACGACGAAGAUCCGCGCCAACUGGACGGGCAAUUGUUCUUGAUCCGUCAUUUGUUGUUGUUGAAGGAGAUGAUUCGGAGUGUCGAUAUGGUCCAGAUUGAAAGGGCAGCGGAUUUCUCCACCGUCACUGGUAAGCCACUUCCACACCCUACCCUCGCAGCGAAACGCGAAGCUAAACCCGCCCCGCCCUUCCCUCCACCACAAAAACAGACGCCCUCAUCAACCUCCUCCGUAACACCUCCGUCAUCUUUAACCGCAACGCCCUAUUCGAACUCGCGUCGAGGGGAAUCCCUUCCUUCACCGAAACGAUGCGCGAUGCGAAAACCGACUUGGAUUCGGCGUUGAAAAGCGCAUGUGAGGAAUUGAUCGCCGAAACAGCCCGGACUAUAGGCAGGGAUAUACAAGGCUUUCUGGACGAGUGCGGGACCUACUUGUCCGCUGGAACGACUGGGACUGCAAUUGGGGCGGGGGCGGGGCAAGGGAAGGAUCUUUCAAGUCAAGGUUGGGCUUCGGCGGAAAGAGUGAUGGGUUUGCAUGAUGCGUUCGUUGGAGGGGUUCAGGGGAAGGUCGUAAGGGUCGCGAUGAGGUUGAAGGUCUAUUUGAACGAUCCGAAAACGAGUGCGGUGUUGUUGCCGCCUUUGUUGGUCAGUCACGCUAUCGGGCUUGGUCGUGUCUCGGAGUGGGAAGGCUGACGUCUUUGGAUCUUGACGGGAUAUCACAGGACGAGAUCCUCGAUACCUAUUCGACUUUCUAUAACCGUACGUCCACUUCCAACUUCUCCUACAUAUGGGUAGCAGCAGCAUCUAAGCCUCUCCUUACGCAGUGAUCCGUUCCGAAUACGGCUUCGUCACCACUUCAGCGAUGACGACCCCCGGUGUCGUCAGGGACAAGUUGCAAGAAGCGGUACAGCAGGUCGCAUAA